GUUCACCUGUGUGGUUGGCUCUGAAAGAACUGGUCUUGUAUUCUCCAACAUUCUGCACAGGACUCUGGACUGAUAACAUCGUAUCUCAGGUGGCAUGGCUGAUGAAAUGGAUGUCGGGGCUUCCUUGACCACCACGUAUUAUGAUUACGAUUAUGAUAACACCACUGGAGACAUGGGACUGUGCAACAACACGGACGGCCGCCAGGUGUGGGCCAGGUUCACCCCUGUAUUCUUCUCCAUCGUCAUCAUCCUGAGUCUGCUCGGCAACAACCUGAUCAUCUUCAUUUUGGCCAAGUAUGAGAACCUGCGGUCGCUCACCAACGCUCUCAUCCUGAACCUGGCCAUGUCAGACCUCCUCUUCACCGCUGGGCUGCCGCUCUGGAUCUACUACCACAUGUUCACGUGGACUCUCGGCGAAGCCGCCUGCAAAUCCGUCCUCUUCCUCUUCAACGUGGGCUACUACAGCGGCGGUCUACUCCUCAUCCUCAUGACCGUUCACCGCUACUUGAGUGUGAUGAAACCUCUGUCUCCUGUGGUGUCGGCCUCCGGAGCUCACAGCCUCCUCGUCUCUCUGGCCAUUUGGGUGGUGAGCAUGGCAGUUGCAUCUCCGUCCCUCAUCUCCGCCAAAGUCCUGGAGGAAAACCAAUGUGAAAACAAGGACGGCUACUGGAAGCGUUGGGGAAUCUACCAGCAGAACCUCCUCUUUGUGCUGAGUGCCCUGGUGUUUGUCUUCUGCUACCCUCAGAUCAUGUGCCGGCUGCUGAGACCAUCCCGCCAGAGGCGCAGCAACAAAACUGUCAAGCUCAUUUUCACUCUCUUGCUGGUCUUCUUCGUGGGCUGGGGUCCUUUUAACGUCGUCAUAUUUCUCAUGUCAUUUCCCUUCCCACCGAAACUGCGGGAAGGAGAAACUGUGGAGAGCAGGUGUGUGUACAGAGAGGCGCUGGCACAUGCCUUUUCCAUCAGCAGGAUUCUGGCCUACUCACACUGCUGCCUCAACCCCGUCUUUUAUGUUCUGGUCGGGGUUAAAUUCAGGAACCACUUGAGGAGGGUGGUGAAGAGCUUCGGUGGGAGGGGAAGCUCCGUGCGCAGUCGGCACACCAGACUCACCAUCACCUCCCUGUCCAGUGGCGAGGACUUCCCUCUGUAG